UCUCUGGACAGAAGACUUUCCUGAUGCCUGUCCAUGUGCAGGGUAGUGUCAUCUUACAGAUCGGCCUGAUAGAUGAGGUGAACUUGUCCCAGUUGGCAGACAACACCGUGGACACCUGGUCUGAUCAGGUCAUCACUGCAGCCAAGACCAUCCAUGGAAAUGUGCACUUCUCAGGGGACCUUGUUGUCCAAGGCUUCUUGAAUGGGAUACUUGUUGAUGAAUUCAGAAAUGGAGCUGUGACCUUGAUUGGAGAUCACAUCAUCUCUGACCAGAAAAGAUUCCAGGAUGUCAUCAUUACUGAGCUGUCUGUCACAGGGACAGUGACUGGAGUUCGUCUAGAAGAUGUGAACUCACAAAGGGUAACAUUGAACAGGACAACACAGAUCACAGGCAGGAAACUCCUUACCUCUUCAACUGUGAUAAGGAGUCAUCUGACAACGUCUGGGGUUGUAAUGUCAGGACUCCUCACUGGGCUGGAUGUUACUGUCUUCAGCUCUGCCAUCCUGAGGAGGUCCAGUACUCAAGUGAUCAAUGGUCUAUCCACCUGGCAGUGUGUAGUCCGAGCAGAAAGUCUCCAGCUCGGGGGCACUCUUAACAGUGUUGACCCUCAGGAGAUCUGGCUGACUUCAAUACCCACCCUUACCGUACAGGGAAAGGCCUUCAGCUCCCCUCUCAAGAUCUUUGGUGAUAUUGAGUUAAGUCCAGACAAGACCGUGAAUGGAGUGGACGUGUCCGAGUGGGAACACCUGUCUGUGCUGACGGAUGGAGGAGGACAGGUGAAUGGACUGGUGACCGCUGACUCAGUCCACCUGAGGGCCAGUCUGCGGGUCACUGGGUCCAUAGAUGGUGUUGACGUCAGCAUGAUGAUGAGGGUCAAGGGUGAUCAGGUCAUCACUGGGAGGAAGACAUUUGUUAAAAAUGUGGUCAUUUCAAACCAUGCUAGCCUUUCAAUACAUGGCUUAUUCAACAACUUGAACAUGAAGACCCUAAUGCAAGAAGCCCUGAAACAUGACAGUAAUGCUUUCCAAACACCAACUCAUGUGUAUGGGGAUGUGUCAGUCCACGGGCGGGUGACCUUCAGCAUGCCUGCGGGCAUGUUUGAUCCUGAGGGUCUGCGUGAGCACCAUCGGCAGCUGGUGCAGAUGUACACAGAUGUGUCGCAGUACGUGCCACUUCACAACAACCACACCUGCCAGGCAGUCAACUCACUCAACACUUUCUUGUCGUCAGCCUUCAGGUUGCCUGUUCAGUACUUUGAGAUGCAGGUCCUAUUUGAUGAGGACAGUAUAUCCGUGCAUGGGUUUGGGCACCGGAGGCAGCAGUAUGUUAUGGUGUGUGGCUGUCAGUCACUUACCGUUUAUCAGAUGACAUCGUCAGCAGAGCAGCCCCUCAUCGCCGUCUACCAGAGUGCUUUCAGCCCAACGGUUCAUAUCACUUCAUACGUCUUUGCCAAUAGGACAUUCAUAGUAACAUCACAUGAUAAGGACAACUGGUACCCUUCUGUCUGUACAGCAGUAGCAGAUAGCAGCUUAUCUGCCCACAGUACUAUCUAUGAGUGGUCAGGAGAGAGACUGCUGCCUGUACAGACUAUUGUGAGACCACCUGGUCGGUGGGGGAGGGGCAUAUCAGUGGAGCCUUUCCAGGAUGGACCAUUCCAUUAUCUCCUCAUCACAGGGGAGGCUGGGAGAGAGGCCCUUGUGUACCGCUCUACGGCUCUUAGGUAUAGUCUGAUAAAUGGAUUAAGAUUGGGAGGACUACACCAAGUGACCACAGUUCAGUACAGAGGAAAGACUUUUGCAUCUGUCUCUAAGAGUGGUGCCCCCAAGGCCCGUGCACCUUUUACAGCUGACAUUUACCAAUGGCGCCCGCGGAUCCAGCGGUUCACGCCGAUCGCCAUGAUGAACAAGCGCGGCAUUCUGGAGUCUCGACUGUUUGUCGAGGAUGACAACCUGUACCUUGUCCUGCUGACCCGGGUCACUUCCCUGGCUCACGGAACAAGAAGUCAAUUCUCAGUUUACCAGUCCAGAACGAGGAAUCGUUUUGUCCGUCAGCAGCAGGAGAGCCUGCCCAGCACAGCGCAGGACAUCCAGGUCAUCACAGCUGCGGGGGUCACCUAUCUGUGUGUGACAGUGGAGGGGGUCAAGCUCAUGCUCUAUAGUUGGAAAGGUGGCUCAGGUUUUGUGUUUGACCUGUCUGUGACCUUACCUGGACUGAUGAGUGUUGAGAUGUUCACCGACAGCAGACAGACCCAGCUGUACGCAGUGGUGCGGACAGACAAGACUCAGGAAACCAAACCUAUCAUCACAGAAGUGAGGCAGUCUGCAGGGCACACCAGCACUGCAGUACUGUGGGGCAUAUUUCCAGGGGCACCUGUGAAGGAAGUAGGCAAUGCUGGAUCUACCUGCCAUCCAACAUAACACCGAAGAGUGGUCAUCUGAAAGACUGCAGGACAGCAGAGCCAAAUGCUGGUUCAAAGUAAAUCCUCAAGGGGCAGGCAAGAAAAGAUGGGGAAGGGAGGGUAGGGUAUGUGGAAAGAAAUUUUGUUGCUCUCCUUUAUUUGAUUAUAGAUCACAAAAUCACUCACUCAGAAUAUCAACCAAAAUGCUUCUGUUUUGACACCAACACUUAAAGCAAGUCCAUACCUUCUAGUUGUUAAAGUUUUUCCAUUCAUUCCACCAUCACACCCAGGGUUGACAAU